AUGGCCGAGCCAACACAAGUCGCCUUUGGAGACGGGAACCACGGGGUUCAAGUGGGGUUGAACACCGGAUCAAUCACGAACGAGUUCCACUUGCCACUCGAGAUACCACCGGAACCUUACCUCACGAUCCCUUUCCGCCGCGACGCCGACUAUGUUGACCGCGAGGCGCUUCUCGAUCAAAUACACCAUGCCUCCUCGAAGCCAGCUUCCCGCGCUGCGCUUGUAGGGCUAGGUGGGGUAGGCAAGUCCCAGCUGGCCAUCGAGUACGCCUAUCGAAAGAACGACGAAGUAGCGAAGACAAGCCAUCCUACAUGGGUGUUUUGGAUCCAUGCCGAGUCGCGAGCGCGUGUCGAAGAUGGGUUUCGAUACAUCGCCGAUACCGUCAAGAUCUCAGGGCGAAAGCAGCUAGACGCGGACGUUCCCCAGCUUUGGCUUCGUAGUGUGGCUAAUGGGCCGUGGUUCCUGAUUCUGGAUAACGCAGAUAAUGCCAGCGUACUCUUCGAUGUCGACCGCAGCCCUACCGACCUCACCGAUGCGACUGAAGCGAAGGAUAGUAGGCGACGAGCUCUGUGGAUAUAUCUGCUACAAAGUUCCCACGGGGCGAUCCUGAUAACAACGAGAAACAAGAAAGUCGCUCAGAAGUUGACGGAUGACUACAAGAACAUUAUCGGGGUCUACCUAAUGGAUGAAGAGCAUGCACUCAUAUUGCUUGAGAGAAAAGCCGCGCUGGUGGAAGCCCUUGAGUAUAUGCCUUUGGCUAUUACGCCGCGAACUUCGAUGGGCGAGUACUUGAAGGAAUUCCGGAAGAGUAAGCGACGGAAGCUCAGUCUCUUGAACCGGGAUGAGGGCGACCUACGGCGAGACCGGGACGCAUCGAACUCGGUCAUUGGAAUCCCAGAAUCAUUAUUACGGCCGCGGGAUCAUACCAGCACUUCCGAAGACUCCACGGGGCGGACUUUCGAGGACGAUAUAUUGAUCCUCCGGAACUACAGCCUGAUCUCGAUGGAUGAGACUGGGGCGGUCUAUGAGAUGCACAGUCUGGUACAGCUAGCGACGAGAAGAUGGCUUAGUGCCGAAGAAAGAACGGAACCAUUCAAGGAACAGUUCAUGAAUCGCAUAGCGUACGUGUUUCCGACAGGAGAUUAUAGCAAUUGGACGCUGUUUGCUCAUGUUGAAGGAGCGAUUAAUCACCGACCCAAAAGUGGGAAGCCGCUGGAGGAGUGGGCGCAGAUCUUGUACAAUAGCAGUUGGUACGCCCGAAGCCAGGGCAAGUACAGCUUGGCGGAGACAAUGGCGAAGAAGUCGAGGGAUGCUAGGAUGGAGGCCCUGGGAAGAGAUCACGAGCUGACAUGGGACAGCGUAUCAAUCAUGGGUCAAGUCUAUCACGAUCAAGGGAAGUAUAGAGAGGCCGAGAGGACCUUGGUGGACGUAUUGUUAAUUCGCAAGCAGAAACUUAGAGUGGAGCAUCCCCACACGCUGAUUAGCAUGAGCAACCUAGCGUCGACAUACCGGAAGCAAGGACGUUGGGAUGAAGCUGAGACGCUGCAGGUAGAAAUGAUGGAAAUCAGCCAGCAGAAACUUGGACUAGAUCACCCUUCCACGUUGACCAGCUUGGCCAACCUGGCGACGACGUUCUGGAAUUAA